UACACACAAUAGAGCCAGUACUUACACCGGAAGAAGUGCUGACGGAUAUUGGUGGCGGUGAGUCCUACCGUAAUAGGGUCACCAUAUAAGUCCCACAGCCUUCAUCAAACACCUUGCUGAAAUCAUUGCUCGAUUGAAGCAAACUCCAUUACAAAAUGAGUGUGCCGUCUCAAUGUGUCUCUCUUGCCCAGCUGGACCUGAUGUCAGACUGGUCAUCAGAAGAGACCUCGCCUUCGACCUACUCGGUGGCAUCCUACUCCAGCUUAGACGUGUGGAGGACAUCAAAGUGCGACAGCCCUAACAAGAGCUUCUAUGGUGCCUCGCCGCGCGAGAGCGAGGAGGACAGUAACAGCAUGCACGCCGCGGCACAAGUUCGGAGCCAACCGACAAGAAGACGCUCCCUAGUAUACGACAAUCUCACCAGCAGGGCAGCUCGGACGCCCAUCAGACAUGUCAGUGCAUUGAGUGAUUGCAACGUCAAAAAGCCAAAGCAUAAGAGUAUGAGCCAUCCUGCUUCAAUAGAUUGGUUCUUCAGCACUUUUCUAUCAGCCGCAACAAUCACUGACAAUGAACGCUGUCUGCUGGAGGAACUGGUGCCGGAGAGCGUGGUUGACGCAUUGUCCGUCGAGGCUGUGGCCGAAACCCGCUUGGCAAAGUCGCGGUCCGUUUCUGCCCGCUCGUGCGAGCCACCUAGCACGUGGCUAGAUCCAGUCUUUGAGCGAAAGAGAAGAAGAAGGACGUCUUGUAAGACCUGGCAUUUUGAGGCAGAUAAGCACCAAACAGAAUUGGAUGCCAGAUUUGUUGAUUGCAGUGCCACGGCUGAUCAGCGUUGGGAACAGCCUAAGGUGUUUCGGACGUGAGCGAGAGCCGCCGACGGCGAGGUCAUGCAGCAUAUCGGCUGGAUCAGUCCGCUUCAGUGCUGGCAGAUGGAUCAAGGAACAUGUUAUUCGAAAUGUCAAACAUCCAGUCUUCCCCUUGUAAAAUGGCUGCGAAAUCGAUGGAGUUGUAAGCCUGGAAUUCGUCAGGAUUCUGCUGCAAUGGGCUUGCGGAGAUGUCUUUUGGGGAUUUGGAACGGUGAAUAAGACGCUUGACAAGCAGGUAGAAGUUCUGACAAGGGUGCUGCUUCAGUAGGAUGGCAGUUCGCUCGACCUGGACUAAUAACGCACUCUCUUGGUCAGGGUUUGGGUAAAUCUGCAG